ACUCACAAUUUGACGUAUCCAAUACGUCACUAUAUUCUCUUUGAUUAACUCCGUUCGGGUUUCUCUUAUAUAUUUAAUAGUAUUUAAUUAAGCGGUAAAACACACUCUAGUGUACAAAAAAGAUAAAUAAGUGAUGAAAAAACAAUGAUAAUUGGUGAACAAUAGGGAAAAGAAUGAGAAUUGAAGUGAUGGAAAAAAAAUAUUGGAUGUUCUAAGACGCCAUUGGUGAUUCUAAAUAAUCAAGUGAAAAAAUUCUUUCCUGUUGGGAAAAGUAAUUAAAGUGUCUCCUGUAGAAAAUAAAAUCGUGUAAAUCAUGAAAACUAAACUUAUAUCUAUGCUGUGGAGGGGAUCAGCUUCCGUAGACCCAAGAUUCUCUGCCCCAAUGCUAAAAUGGUCUCUUCAGGAUAUCAUUAAUAGGGACAUUUAUAUAAGGCUGUCCAUGGGUAUUGAAAACGGCUAUUUAGAAACAUUUAAUUCCGACUUUGAGCUACAGUUUAAACAGCAGCUGAAACACAUUGUAGGAAUGUGCAAAAUGCUUCGAAAAAAUGAUGCACGCAGUAAAUUUUUUGAAAUUGGUGUAGUUAAUGCAAGAAGUAACGACAGUUUUAUGGAAAUUAGUGGAACUAUUAAUGGAUUUUUGUAUUUGCUGAAAGAUCCAAGGGAUCCACUUUUGCAUAUUUAUCUAUUCGAAACGGAUUCACAAGAUGAGAUGACCGAACUCAUGCAACAAAUGCGGGAUCCAAAUCAAACCAUUGGCGGCUCAAUGGGGAGUAUUCCUCAGAGUAUUGUCUCAGCACCGGGUUCAACGGAUUUAUCCGUGCAAAAGGCUCUAAGGAAUCAGGGAAUUCAUUCCACACCGGCGUCUAAUUUAAAAUUCAAUGAAGCACUAAGACAAGCGCACCACGAUGGUGGCCCGAGUAUUUUUUCGCCUAAAAUGACAUCAUCGAAGAGCUAUACAAGUGGACUUAGCAAUUCUACAGGAACUGUUAAUGCAAUAUCAGGUGGAAAUUUAACCCUCUUUACGGAUAUUUCUCCAAGUCACUCUCAAUUUUUUGAGGUGAUGUACGUUGGAAAAAUUAAAGUCUCCCACAAACGUGUCCCUGAGACAUUCAUUGAUGAUGCUCUUCCGAAAUUUAAAGCAUAUGACACUCAGAGAAUGAUGAAAAUGCAAGAAGAUGCACGACGGAAUUCACUAAUUCCCUCGACAGAACCUUUAGUCGCAUCUGGUUCAUCGCACGACAUUAAAAUUUACGUGCCACCUAAAGUUCUUUCGGCUGAUCUACAAGAGGAAGCAAAAAGGAAUGAAAUUGAAGAAGAACCUUCCAAUGUUGAGGACGGUGAAAGUGUUGAGGAAAAGACAAGCAAUCCAGCGAAUAAAGAAGAAGACAAGGAGAAUUCCUCACCUCGUUCGAAGGAAAAACUCCUACAGCGUACUGUUAGUCAAAUUACAGUACCAGUUACUAAGAAUGAUGAAAAUUCUCAACGUAACACAGUUAAAGUAUCAACUCGUAUUAAGGAAUUACCUAUGAAGCGUGAUCGAUCAGCAUCAAUAGGAUCAAUUCCGGUCAUUGAGCAAAAUCGUACAAUGGUAUUUCUCGUUGGGCGAACAGAUUUACGUCUCAUUAGUCCAGAUAGGAAGCAAGUUCUCCUGUACAAGGACUUCAAAGACAUUGCUAGCUGUGCACAGGGACACAAGAAUCCCGAUCAUUUUGGAAUUAUUUGUCGUGAAGUUCAAAAUGAUGGCUUCAUUGCGUACGUCUUCAAAUGCCAAUCAGAUCAUGUUGCUGAUGAUAUUGUAGCAGCCAUUUCCCAGGCAUUCAUUACGUGCUCUGAGCUGAAGAAUAAGGAAAAGUCCCAAAUACUCUCCUGCGAGCAUUGCCCAAUGCUGUGGUACCAUAAACUAUGCAGCGAUAUUGAGGGUCUCAGCGAGAAGAAGACACAAGCCGUGAUAUUUAAGCGUAUUGAGAGUCUCUCUGAAGAUGAGCAGAAUGUGAUAAUGGCAAAGUACUAUGGUGCCGAAGAAAUGGCCGGGAAUACACUUGUGCAGCAAAUUCAAUUUAUCAUGAUGCUCCUUCGGGCACACUGUGAAUCCCGGCAGCAGCGUCAUAUUCACGAUACAGCGGAAAAUCGCAGUGAAUUCCUCAAUCAAUACUUGGGUGGUAGUACGAUUUUUAUGAAGGCUAAACGCUCACUUUCGAACUCUUUUGAUCAUCUACUGAAGCGCAAAGGUGGUCGAGAUGAGGGGAACUUCUCAAAGGAUAUUGUCUCCCCAACUCUCGAAUCUUCCGACACAGCAGCACGUGCUUCCUCCAAGAACAUAUCAGGGAGUUCUAGUCCUUCCAAACUACACAUGGCAGAUCAGAUGAAGUCACCAAUGAUUGAUAUAUUUAUGAAAGUUGGCAACAGCCCCAAGGAGAGUGGAGAAAAUCAUUCAUCAUCCUGGCGUCAAGCUAUGCUGAAUAAUGUCGUCACACCCUCAAAGAAUUACAAAAAUGAUGAAAAUGCCCAAUUAAUUUCCCCACUGAGAAGCAUGAAGAAAAGUAAAGUUCGUGAAAAGCGCACUAAAGCAGAAUUACGAGAACUCUGGCAGACAGCAAUCCGCCAAACGAUAUUACUGUCGCGAAUGGAAAAGGAGAAUACAACAUUGCGCAUACGGCAGAAUGAGAAUGAAAUUAAAAAGAUUAAAUUGGAAUAUGAUGAAAUUUUGCCAUGUGAUAAGCAAUCAGCCGAUCUGUGGGAUCAGUACAUCGAUAAGAAUCGCAGUGUUCCUUCCAAGAGGGAUCCAAAGGUCCUGCUGCAGGCAAUGCGAAACGGUGUACCACGUGGGAAGCGUGGUGAAGUGUGGAUGUUCCUUGCGGAGCAGCAUGAUCUCACCCAUGGUCCACCUAACAUUAAGAAUUACCCGAAUUUCAAUACACCAUAUCAGGCUCUUUUGAAGAAUCUCACAGAGCACCAGCAUUCGAUUUUUAUCGAUUUGGGACGUACAUUUCCCAAUCAUAAAUUUUACAAACAACCCCUUGGUAUUGGGCAGCUAUCUCUCUUCAAUCUCCUCAAAGCAUAUUCCAUUUUAGAUCCUGAACUUGGUUACUGUCAAGGAUUGGGUUUCAUUUGUGGCGUCCUCCUUCUUCAUCUGGAAGAGGAAGAUGCAUUCGAGAUGCUGAAACAUUUAAUGUUUAGGCGUCAAAUGAGGAAUAAAUACCUACCGGAUAUGACGGUUUUUCAGCGUGAACUGUAUCAAUUAUCGCGUUUGCUUAAAGACUUAAUACCUGACUUGUAUGAGUGGUUGGAUAAGAAUGAGAUUUCUCCAACUCUCUAUGCUGCUCCGUGGAUUCUAACGCUUUUCAGCUCACAAUUUCCUCUUGGCUUUGUUACCCGGGUUUUUGAUUUAAUCUUUCUCGAAUCACAAGAGGUCAUCUUUCGUGUUGCAAUUGCCCUGCUGGAAGUGCACAAAGAUGAAUUACUGAAGCGUGAUAAUUUUGAGGAAAUUAUGGAUUAUAUGAAGAACACAGUGCCUCUCAUGGAUGGUGAUAAGAUUGAUCAAGUAAUGCGUCAAACAUUCGCAAUGGAUGUCUCACGGCAGUUGUCUGAGUACCAAGUGGAAUAUCAUGUCCUUCAGGAGGAAAUAACCACGCAGAAUCACCACAUGGAGACCCUUAAUCGUACAAAGGAGGCAAAUCAUGAACUUGAGACGCAACUGCAGAUUGCACAAUCAACAAUAUCGCAGCUUGAAAAGGCAAAAUUCACACAUCAGAAUCAAAUUCAUGCACUACAAGUUCAAGUACAGAGCCUCGAGGUCACCGUGGAGACGUUGGGGGCAUUUGUGAAUCAUUUAAUUAAUUCUAAGAUCGACUUGGAAAUUCCCGGCGAGGUGCGGCGUAUUGUACAGCAGAUUCAGUGUGCAGAACAACGGAAGAUGAAGCCAACAUUUAUGGAGAGGAAAAUUGGGAAAUCAAUAUCGGUUAACAGCCACCUCGGGACGGGCUUGAAGAUCCUAGAGGAGGCCAAUGAAUCCUUCGAUUUGGGCAAGGAGCAGCAGAAGAAGAAAUCGCAAUUUUUUGAAAGGACAUUCGAACAAAUACGCCAACAGAAGGCAUCAAUGCGACUCAAUAGCUUCGAUGAGGGUGCAUCGCAAAUGGUCAAGAAGGAUGAAAUGAAACUGCCAGAACGUACUGAGAAGGGAUUUCACAGCGUAAGGAGUCCCAAUGAAAUUGAUAGUGGUAUCGCCACACCACUUAGCCCCCAUUCAUCACCGGCAAAUGAUAAGAGUAAAGAUCAAUCCAGCGGUGCAAGCAAUACAUCGAGCUCUUCUGCUCCUGAUCUUCAAAUAGAAAUUCCAUCUCCGGCCGUGCACCCCCUGAGCAAUUGUGAAGACGUCAAUUUUCGCUUUAAUGGUACAACACAGCUGAAAACAAUACGUACAGGCCAUCAAAGGACACACAUUGGUACAAUUCCCAAAGUACAUAGUGCUGAUGAAGAAAAAUUAGAGAAAAGUUAACACGUUGUCAUGCUAGCUCAACUUAAUUAAAUUAAAAAUGAAUGAAAAGAACAUCAUUACAAGUAAUAACUCGUGCUUCGCAAAACUUUUAAAAACAAAUCUCAAUAUAGUUCUAUUUAUUUUUAAUGUUUUAAGUAAACUUGUAUUUAUGGUAAUUUAUUCUUAAUUGUAGAUUUUCCUGAGAGUUGAAUGUGUAUUAACUAACUGUUUGUCGGAAAUAAUGAGUGUAUAGACGUCGUAUAUUCAGGUAUAUAACAAAAAUUUCUACACGGAUUAUUAUGUACAAAAAUCUACCACGCAAAAUCACUUUAUGCUGAACUUCCUGCAUAUUUUUUUUAAAUAUAUAAUCGGCUUCACUGUUGAGAAAAAUUCCUCCGAAAAUAGAUUGGGAAUAAAUUGAAAAAAUGCUUCUUAUUCCAAAAAAAAAACAGCUUAAAAAAUAAAUCAAAAUUGUGAUUUAAUGAAAAGAAAAUAAACGCUUUCUCAUAGGUAUUCGCAUAAUUAUGUUUCCGACAAAUCCUCCAUGACAAGAGGAUACAUAUUAAAGGUUUUUUUUUAAGUAUUCAGUAAAAUAUAUACAAUUUGUACUUAUUUUUUGUGUAUUUCGUAGUAUCUGUGAUUUUUUUGUGCUAUAAUGUAUAAUUAAUAUAUAGAGACGAAUGUAACGCAGUUUCAGCAAUAAAGAAUUUGGAAAUUAUAAGCAUAAACAAAA